UCAGAACCCCGCCACUUAAAUCCUCUCAGGAAUAAGGAGACAAAGUUGCCAGUGACAAGACGUUUGUCUGGAGACAGUGACUCCUCUACAGCCUCCUCUAAGGGUGGAGGAGGAGGAGGAGGAGGAGGAGGAGGAGGAGGAGGAGGACGGUACUCUCUUGGAGGUGGCUCACGGCGCUCUGGUGAUGAGGUAGUCCUGCUUGUUAAUCGCAAGGAGGGGAAGCAUAUGAUUGAGAGGCCUGGAGCUGGAAAUCAGACCCCAUCCCUGCGCCCCUCACUGCCCCGUGCACGCAGCCAGUCUCGGGAACGUCCUGCACUCGCUCCAAUACUGAAACCCAACCCACCGCAAGGAUCCUCUGAUGGAUCCCGCACAGAAAGGGGCCGCUCUCUUGGAAACGAGGGCCCGAGGAGGCUCCACGCGCCACGUUCCCACAGCCAGAGUAAGUUACAGAGCCGUACGUGGUCAAGUGAUGCAAGCCCGGGACCCGCUUCCUGCUACAGAGACCCUCAGCCCCCACCCCCAGACAGACGAGAUGACCUUAGGGCCAAACAAGUGCCCCCAUCUUCUCCUAGAUUAGGUGUUGGGUUCACCAAGAGGCAGUCCUCCUCAUGCUCUAACUCCCCUGUAAAAGGGGUCCAGAACAACAACAGCAGCCCCAGCAAGAAGACUAUAACUACUCCCAGACCUCCUGCCCCUCGCUCACCCUCCAUUGGAAAAGGCAGACUACUGCCACCAGUCACCUCAGGAGGUCGACGUUCACCGCACUCAUCUCCCCGUAACUCUCACCAACAUGCUGCCCGCUCCCCACGGACGUUACAGGGCCCUCGCUCUGCUGGGCGAGGCCACCAUCGGAACUGGUCUGGCCUGGAGCGCCAGGAGCCCGAGGAGGAAGGACUGGGCCUUGGCUUCCAGAUGCUGCCAACGCUAGACCCCCAGAGGGAACAGGACCUGUAUCGCAGCUUUGAGGCUGAAUUUCUAGCCAACACGCAGCAGGUCAGAGGAGUUUCUAGUAGAGCCCCAGGAGGAGUGACCGUACAGGGAGCUGGGACACAUUCAGUGCCAGCACUCACUGAUCCUAAUGUCACUGACUCUGCCUAUUCCUCUUCUAACUCCUCCACCUCCUCCCUGAAUGUGGGGGCAAAGAUAGGAACUCUGCCUGACCUCAGGGAAUCCAAGAGAACUAAUCCCCGUCACUUCCCACUGGACGACCCAAUAAAUUUACUUUAUGGACACAAUUUUGGAGGACCACACAACUUUGGUCAAGGAGAGCCUGAACACUGGGGGGAGCGUGGAGGGGGUCUCAAGAAGCUCCCAGCCAUCUCUAGCUCCAUAGAGGAGAGAGAGCUUCCAUCUUCCCUGCCUGGUCUUGGAGACACAGAGUCAGACAGAUUAAUGAAUCAGGUCCUGUCACAACCUUCUUUCCACUGUAGGAAUAUGAAUGGUGACCAUGUAGGUUUUCCUCCUACAGGGGGGGUGACAGGUCAGCAGGGUCAGCUUGGCUGGGGCACAGGGCCUGAAGGAGAUGUUCCUCUGGAGAACCACCAGCCAAACUUACCUUAUGACCUAGAAAAUGAUGAGGGCAAUGAUGACCUCCCGCCCCCAGAGGCUUGUCCGUCACCUGUGCCCCUUCCCCCCUCUGAGGACUGCUCCUUCCAGGAUUCCUCUAGUGAAAACUCUUCCAUGUGCUUCAGCCUGAGCGAAUCCCGCUCUGAAUCCCCCCCACCUUCUUCACUGCUGGCCAACGGGGACGGCGAUGGAGAAGUGCAGCAGACUAAGAAAGGGCAAAAGAAGUCAGACAGGGUAGCCCCUAUCUCAAAGCACAAACUGAGAGGCAGGAUCAGGCCUCGCAUUGACAACAGGCCAGAAAACAGUCCCUCGCGGAUCCCCACCCCAGUCAGCUACAGAGAUCUACAGGCUCACGACACACUUUCCCCAUGCCACACCCCACCACUGUCGCCUCAGAGCUCACACUCUACUGGUCGUCCAGCCACAUGCAAGAGCCUGCACCAGGCCUUCGCAGAUAUGAUCCAUCCUCAACCACGUUCCCCAGCCAUGGGAAACAAAGAAUGCUCCUACCCUGGACAGUCAGGGAGCCUGGACACUGAAGCUUGGAUGUAGCACAAAUGACACAUGGGGUUGUUUUCAUAAACUUUGACUACUGUGUAAAAAAAGACUUAAGACUGGGCUAUAGACUGUUUUCAUUGCAUGUCUAACACUCCUUCUUUUUCACUUAGUUUCUCCCCUGAAUAACUGCAGGGGGUCCACAUUGCUUUUAUUUUGCACUCAAGCCAAAUUAUUUAUUACCAAAGGAAUGGUCUUUAAUAUUACUUUUACUGUAAUGUUUAAUGUGUGCAUGGGGAUGCUUUUGCCAAUCAUAAGACACUUGAUACAGAGAGAUAGAGAGAGAGAGAGCAUAUGUGCUGCCAUGUUCCCCUCUGAGGGACAUGGUAAAAUGCCAGGGGUUUCAAGCUACAACUCUAUAAACAAGCAUUAACAAUAAACCUUUAGUCAGAUAGAUUGGCUCCAUCUUGUGGUUUGCCACAGCAUCUCUGCUUGCCUUGAUAGUCAAAAUACUGGUAUGACUGUGAUAUUUUCAGUCCUUCCACAUUAGUGGUCUUCAUAUAUGACUCAUUAUACUCAUAUUCACAAUAUACUAAUAGGUAAUAUUGACAGAAGUACCCCCAUCAUUCUUCUGACUUUAUGAACACUACAUGCACUACCAAUCUCUGUACAGUUGUCUGCUGUUAUUAAUGUCUGAUGUCACCUUUUCACAACAGUUGAUGUAGUCAAGAUAGAUAAUAUUUGUUUUUAAAUGCUUUAUGUGUUACAGGUUUUCAAGCUUAUGUUUAAUGCAGUAAAACAUUUCAGAUAUAUUUCAACUUUUAAGUGGAUUACAUGUAAAAAUAUGAGGAGCAGUGAAGGUUGUAUCACCUUGUGUCAUUGUCACUGAAACAGAAAUGUUGAGAGCUCUUCCUCUGACCAAACUGUACUCUGGAAUACAGUGCUACAUAUAUACAUGUGCAAAAGUCAAAUUCUUUGGAGAAUGAAUGCGUAAAUACAUGUUGAUGUGCUCACUAUGAGAUGUGGGUAUUUUGAAUAUAAAAAGGAUAUACAGUUUAAUGUACAUAUUCACUGUAAUCAGUUCUGUGCUGCCUUAGCUAUGCAAUGUUGGUAUUGGAAAUGCCUUGACAAUUCCCUUUGCCUUAAAAUUUAUUCGCAGGUUAGUUUUUGAAUGUUUUUGCUCAACAUCACUUUUUGGUAACACUACAUUGCCAUCAUUAACUGUUUUAUGGUAAUAGAAAUUGGAGAGUUUGAGUAUGAAUGUGGAAAGUAUAAAUUAUACUUGAUGUAAGUGUACUAUUCAUGAUAAAGAUAUGUAAUUUAUUGUCUCUGAAUUCUAUUAGUUGUUUUGAAACACAAGAAGCCGGUUAACCUACUUAACAGAUGGAUUUCAAAGACAUGGCACAAUCUAUGGUGACAUCUAGUGGCUAAAGAAAGACAUGUUUUAUUAACAGUAAAAACAGAUAUUGUUUUCCUGACAAUGUGUCCUUUCUUCCAUGCAUGUGGAAUAACAUAUUCUAGUGCAGAGCCAAUAAUAAUAAUAUGGUAUUAUGAGGUGAAGUUUGAUGGAUGGAGAAUUAUUUUGACUUGUCUACAUGUGUGCAACAGUGCAUGAAUAAUAGAUACUGUAAUUGGAUAUUAGGGUUCUCUUGUGAAGCUCUUGCACAGUUGUCAGGUGUUAGGGAGGCCAGAGCCCAGCUACAGUACUUCUGUUUUUGGUAUUUAACCUGUGUAGACUUUGUAAAAUAGAUUUUGAAAGUGGGAAUUGUUGUGUCAGUGCUAUGCAGAAACCUCAUAACCUCCAAAAACAUCUGCCAAUGAAGAGAAUUUGGUGGACAUGUGUUGUUGAUAUGUUUACAAUGGGUUUGAUCAAUCUCUCCUACAGAGACUGUGUGUAAACAGAAAAGAAAGACGCAACAUUUGUGAAUAACCUAUUUUUUCAUGGCACUGACACAGUGAAUAGGGUAGAAAAAAUAGAACUGUAUGAGAAUAUGUACAGAGUUGGAGUGAUGUUGGUCUAAUUUAUUUAUUUAUGAAAUGUAAGUCUCAUUGGGCUCAAGUGACAUCUGUGUCCCAGGUAAGUGAGCUGUAAGUGUUUAGAAAAGUCCAAAUGAGUUGGGGCCCAACAUGUAGAAGGAUAUUGCAUUUUGAAUACACUAUAAAGAUACAUAAUCUGUUAGAAAUGUUGCCAGUUUGAAAACUGGCACAGACAGACAAAACAUAUUUGGGCUGUUUUGCAAUAUUCAGAGAUAAAGUAAUUUGAUUUAAUGCUUACCCUCACUGCUACAAAUCAUUUAUGAUGUGUCAGUAUUGUUAGAGCUGCAUUGAUCCAAUAUGCAGCUGGUUAUCAGUUUCCCCUGUAUAAACAGAUUUUUUUUUUUUACAUGUAUGCUAAUUUAAAUUUGGUUAUUUAAAGACAUUUGCAUUUUGAUCAACUGGUGUUUAAAAUCUACCAGUUAUGUCAACUGUGACUUCAUACAAACAUGCCAUUACAUUUGGUCACAAAAAGUGUGAUUGUUGUUAUAUGACAUAAUCUGUUCUUUGUCCUGCACAACUUUCAUGAAACUCUCUCUCCCUCUCUCUAUCCUUAAUCAGCGAAAUCUGAAUGUUCAUGAUCAGACAAUUUCUUGUUUGCUAAUGUUAUUUUCACUAAAACUUCAGUUAAAUGUACAGAUUGCUUGACAUUGUGGAGUCUGUAUAUAUGAAAUAGCAAUACUUUCAACGUUUCACUGUUUUUGAAGCUGUCAAGUUCUUGUAAUAAAUAUUUUCCUCUGAAGUUAA